CAAGAGUCCAUCGUGAAGAUCUGUGGGAAACUUUACCUUAUUAAUAUCUGAUUACUUUUCUUGAAUUUUCACAGUAAAUGAGUGGCAGCUUCUCGGGUGCGAUCAACCCAAGUUCUGCCUCUCAGCAGCUCCAGGCUUUCGCUGGACUGCAGUUAUCGUACACUCGCACGCACAUACGAUUAUGUGCCACAUCCCAUGAAUCUAUUAACUCGCGAAGCACCGAAUGCGCUCAUUUGGCAGCACUUCCACUAUCUAGCCGACAUAAAGACGUUUCGGCGGCUCCUUCAAAGCUCUGCAAAUUUAGUCUUUUGAGAGGUAAUAACGAGAAAGGUACAAGAGUAAGCUUUUCAUGCUUUGCCACCAGCUCCACGGAUUCACUGGAAAACGCACCUUGGAACGAUGGUAGCCCCAAAACGUUUGACGUGGAACAACCUUUGAAGGUCAACCAGGAUAUUCUUAUUUAUCAAGCUCGACAGUUGCGCAAAAAAGCUACGAAAAUGCGCAAAACAGACCAGCGUGUAAAGGUGCGCCUUGAUGCGAUUCGCGUCUUCGAGCGUGCUAAGAAUAUCGACCCAAGCGACGGGCGCGCCUACGUCGGAAUCGCGAGAGUGCUGCGGCAAUUGGGUGACAACGAAGGGGCGCGACAGUGCUAUCAAGAUGGUUGUGAUGCGACAGGAGGGGACAAUGCAUACAUAUGGCAAGCAUGGGCUGUACUCGAAGAUAGUGUUGGAAAUAUAGCAAAGGCUCGUCAACUUUAUGAUGCGGCAACAGCAGCUGAUAAGACUCACGCAGCCGCGUGGCAUGCGUGGGGUAUGUUAGAAAAAAACCAGGGAAAUUUUCAACGUGCAAGAGACCUUCUCGUUAAGGGCGUGCGACUGGUUCCUGAAACUCGCGCCAGCCCACACUUAUUCCAAUCCCUGGGAGUCAUGGCAAUGGAGCGUCGACGCAUGCAGGAAGCUCGAGAGCACUUCAUGGCUGGUACGAGAACGGAUGCUGGGUCACAGUCUGCAGCGCUAUGGCAAGCAUGGGCUUUGCUGGAAUCACGAGAGGGCAACAGUGACAUAGCACGCAAACUUUUUCAAAGAGGUCUUCAGUCAGACCCAGAAAACAGAUACAUCUGGCUGUCUUGGGCCGUCCACGAAUCUCGUCAGGGAUAUGUCGACCGAGCAAGAAGUCUUCUGGUGAAAGGUUGUAAGUUGAACCCUAGGGAUCCGCCACUGUUACAAGCACUGGCAAGGUUAGAAGCUGCUGAUGGGAAUAUUUCUGUCGCGCGAAAGUUAUUUGAGCAAGGGACCAAGUUGGAUCCCCUUCAUCAGGCUAAUUGGCAAGCAUGGGCACUGGCAGAAUGGAAAGACGGGGAUGUUGCUCGCGCUCGGGAGCUUUUACAGCGUGGCAUUUGGGUGUCACCCCGGAGUUACAAUGCAUGUCGUCUAUUCCAUGCGUGGGGUGUUCUUGAGGAACGAGAGGGUAAUUGCUGUCUUGCUCGACAGUUAUACAAAUGCGGAGUGAGAGCUGACCCAUCGAGCGAGGUCACUUGGCUUACAUGGUCACUCAUGGAAGAGAAACAGGGAAAUGAUAUACGCGCUGCUGAACUGCGUAGCUUAUGUGUCCAACAGCGAGCUGAGGAAGCCAUUGGGCAGUCUGACCUUAGUCCAGCAGCUAUGUUCGGAAUUGACUCAGCUUUAAGGCCAGUUUUGCGAUCAUUAGCAUCGCUCGUCGGGAACCCGAGCACUUCCUUGCAAGAUGACAUUGAUGGUCAACCAGAUAUGAUGCAGACCGAGCUAGAUGUAGUGCUGGCCGAGCCCCUUUUUGGCGUCAGUGGCCCUGACGAGCUGUAGCACACGUCCUAAAACUUAUCUUAUAGUCGUGAGACUGUGUCAGAUUAAAUGUGAGGCGAUGUCGUUUUCUAGGCUGAUCUAAACUAGUCUACGUAAAUACACUUAACAAUAUGAUACUCGAUGGCACUGAAAAUUCAAUUCAGGACGCCUCAGAAAC